AUGUCCAAGAAGAGAAAGCACGACCAAGUCGAGCCCGACGCUGUCCCUGCUCCAGACGAUGGCCCAGGCCCAGAUUCAUCCACACCCGCCAAGACACAGAAGGCCAAAGGUCAGAGUCGACAAGAAAAAUCAGAGCGGAGGGCCAAGAAAAAGAAGUCAGACACAAGAGAUCGUCGUCAGGGUAGAAGUGAGCUUGAGCCCCCGGCCAUUCCUAUGAUUGAGGAAGACGCCCCCUCAGCACACGAGAGUGAAAAGCCUAGUAUUACGCAGGAGAAUGCAAAAUCAAGGCCGACCAAGAAGGAAAAGACCAAAAAGAGCAGCUCAAAGAAACAAUCAAAGGAUGAUACCGAUGCUAAUACCGAGUCCGAACCCAAGCCCGACAAAAGCGCAAGCAGAUUCAUAGUGUUUGUGGGCAAUCUCCCAUUCACCGCAACCGUCGCUCAAGUCCAAGACCAUUUUGUCAAGCUGGCGCCCACAUCUGUCCGACUGUCCACAGACAAAGCGACAGGGAGGGGCAAGGGAUUCGCGUUCGUCGAGUUUGAUGGCUAUGAUAAAAUGAAAACGUGCCUAAAACUCUACCACCACUCCAUUUUCGACCCUGAUGCCAAGGGAAAGGAUAAAACCCACCAGGAACAAGACGACGCCAUGGAUGGGAAGAAGAGAGGUCGACGCAUUAAUGUCGAGUUGACGGCGGGUGGUGGAGGGAAGAACAGCAAGGAGCGCAAGGAGCGGAUCAAGUCGAAGAACAUCAAGUUGGAUGAAGAAAGAGAGCGAACGAGGGUCAAGGAGAGGACUGAACAGGAGGAGGCAGCCAGGAAGAAGCAGGGCCGGCCUCGGACAGGUGCAAACGCGGCACAGAAAGACAAUGGCUCAAUACAUCCAAGUCGACUGGCUCAAAUGAAUCACUGA